AGUGCGGCAAUGGAAACCAUCAUCUAGGGCAAAAUCCUCGCAUUUCUCACCCUAAUCCAGCCAAUCCGAGAAGCAAAUCGAGAUUUCCAAAAACCCUAACAAUCACCUUCAUGCUUCUCAAUCGAUCUCACUAGCUACAUCCCAGAACCUCGAAAAGCUUCAAGUUUUUUCAAGCUCUUCUUAUUCCGGUUUGAUCGAAGAUGACUGAGCCAUCGAAAGUGAUUCACAUUCGGAACGUAGGGCAUGAGAUUACUGAGAAUGAUUUGCUUCAAUUAUUGCAGCCAUUCGGUGUGGUCACAAAGAUUGUAAUGUUGCGGGCGAAAAAUCAGGCUCUUCUUCAGAUGUAUGAUGUGUCUUCUGCUGUUACUGCCCUGCAGUACUAUGGAAAUAUGCAGCCAAAUAUAAGGGGAAGGAAUGUUUACAUGCAAUUCUCUUCACACCAAGAACUGACAACAACAGAGCAGAGCUCACAAGGACGAAAAGGAGACCAGGAUUCGCAACCCAAUAGAAUCCUUUUAGUCACCAUACAUCAUCUGCUGUAUCCAAUAACAGUGGAAGUGCUGCAUCAAGUUUUCUCUCCUCAUGGAUUUGUAGAGAAGAUAGUCACAUUUCAGAAGUCCGCGGGUGCUCAGGCCCUUAUCCAAUAUCAAUCACGACAGAGUGCCGUACAAGCAAGAAAUACCCUGCAGGGGCGAAACAUAUAUGAUGGUUGCUGUCAACUAGAUAUACAAUUUUCUAACCUCAAUGAGUUGCAAGUUAAUUACAACAAUGAGCGGUCGAGAGACUUCUUGAACCCAUCUUUGCCUUCUGAACAAAGGGGCCGAUCCUCACAAACCGGGUAUGGGGAUGGUGGAGGCCUCUAUGCCCUCCAUCCAACCGGACCCAGGGCAGUUUCCUUUGCACAGAUGAGCAAUGCUGCAGCAGUUGCUGCUGCAUUUGGUGGAGUUUUGCCUCCGGGUGUAACUGGUACUAAUGAUAGGUGUACAAUUUUGGUUUCUAAUCUGAAUCCCGAUAAAAGUGAUGAGGAUAAGCUUUUCAAUUUGUUCUCAAUGUAUGGCAACAUUGUAAGAAUCAAAUUACUACGUAACAAGCCUGAUCAUGCUCUCAUUGAGAUGGAGGAUGGUUUUCAAGCUGAACUGGCUGUGCACUUCUUAAAGGGUGCAAUGCUUUUCGGGAAAAGGUUAGAGGUGAACUUUUCAAAAUAUCCAAACAUCACUCCGGCACCCGACGCUCAUGAAUACAGCGGUUCUACACUAAACCGCUUCAACCGCAAUGCUGUUAAGAACUACCGGUACUGUUGUUCACCUACAAAAAUGAUCCAUGUCUCUACACUUCCCCAAGACAUCACCGAGGACGAGAUUGAAACCCACCUGGUCGAACACGGCACCAUUGUAAGCUCCAAACUCUUCGAGGUCAAUGGGAAGAAGCAAGCCUUGAUACUUUUUGAGGACGAAGAGCAAGCCACCGAAGCUCUUGUAUGCAAGCAUGCGAGCUCCAUCGAUAGUUGUAUCAUCCGGAUUUCCUUCUCCCAGCUCCAGACUAUCUAAACAGACACCAGGAUUGUCGCCCGGGCUUCCCUCGGUCAUAUCUUGUCGGCGUCUUUUUUAAGCAGCCAAUGUCAUUCAUUUCUCUUCCCAAUUUUAAAAUCUCUUGGUGCAUCCAUGUUUUGUGUUUGUGUUAGAUUUUGAUUUGUAUUGUAGGUCUAUUAAGGUUUGUUUUUUCAGUGGGAUUGUGAAUCAAUCUGGUGCUGUGUAUGGAUUGUAUCAUCUUGGAAGGAUAUCUAAUGUAUCAGUGUUGGACAAAAGAACAGCUAUGUUUGUUUUUCAGGCUUAACAAAUAAGAUAAAUGCAUCACAUUUUCUCA